GCCGCAUCGAUUGUCGAUCGCGACGUAUAUCAUCGUGGAUUCUGCGGUUGAAUUAGCGCUCCGCGCGAACUUGUUCGGCGAGCGUAGGAUGCGGUGGAACUGGAUCGAGAGUGAAUUCAAGGUGACUGAUCGAGUCCGAUUAGAUUGGUCGAAUCUCCAUGAGUUUUCAUCGGUACGACCGACAGCUGCGGAGCAGACCUAACCUAUAAGCGCGAAAGUAUGGAGCAGACUCCGGCGAGCGACACGGUUUCCAGUCAAAAGUCGUUGCCGUCGUCCCAGGACCCCGGAUGGAACGAUCCGCCGGAAUGGGCGUUGUCCACUCGUCCGAGCUCCGCAGGACGACUGUCGACUACCAAAAAGUUGAAUAAGCGAGUGCCGUUUCCGUUAACGCUUUCCCCGCAAAAGUCCAAUUCGUCGAAAACGCCUCCUGUUUUGCAAGCUUCCGCGGCUGCUACCAUAACCAGUGCUCCUCAUAAACCCUUAGUGACACCUGUUGACAAGAAUCUCCCAACGACCAUGUUUCAAUCUGAUUUCAAUAAAGAUGAGGCACUAAUCGAAGCGUUUACCAAUCUGGGAACCGUGAUAACGGAACGGAAGAUGGAAACAAACACGGCAGAGGAGAUACUAAGGAGGCUAGAUGUUAUGAAGACCGAUUGGCUUAAAGACAGAUUGAACGAAUCGAUACAAAGAAGUCUGUUGGAUCUUUCAAAAGCAUUGCUGGAGAAAGACGUUGCGAGAGCUGACAGGAUCCACUUCGCUCUUGUGUCGCAACACGCAGCUGUCUGUCGUGUCUGGAUACCAGCUAUCAGGCACAUUAUCUUUGAAUUCCAGAGGGAUUGUAAAGACUUUAACAUUUCCGAGCUGGAACAGUCGCAAUCGCUUCUUUUAAAUCCUGAAAUGCAAAAGAAAUGAAUCGAUCGUUGAAUAAGCUACGUUGUAUAAACUCGAGUGUGGAAAUCGUUUGCUACAGUUAGCGUUGGGUAUACUUGCAUGUGGCACGGCGAUAUUUUUGCAGCGUAAGAUAUUGUAUCGUAGAAAGAGGGAUCGAAUAUCAACAAAAGCGAUUGUACUCAUAAAAGUUUUUUGUAUUUUUCAUUUCUCUCUUAUGUAUAUUCACAAAGGACAAUUACAUCUGUCUUACCACG